GUCCCCUGUCUCUUUAACUACCACCAACCGUCCGGUCAAUCGGCCAGAAAUGGCGACGGCGCCGAUGAAGUCGCCGGCGAGAAUCGCCGGAAGAGACGAAGUGUACGUGGCGGCGGUGCCGCUCAGAGCAACGAAGGGACCCGCUCAGCUGCUGACUUCGGCCGCCUACUCACUCAAGCUCUGGGACUUCCAACAUUUCAUGGUCAUCAUCAGAGCCACUUCCCCUCCAUCCGAUUCUCAGGCAUUUGUGUUUGAUUUUCAACCUGAAGACCCUGAAAAUGUGUAUGUGGCACUUGCAGCCUUGUCAGGUAGAUCAAUUCCAGGAACUGUUCUCAAAAGAAAGUUGACAAAGCUACCGAAAGAAAGGUGCUGGUUUGUGGGAUCAUGUGGAGAGCAUGCUCUGGAUGUUGCAUGUAAGUUCAGCAACCACUGGGAGACCCACUUGAAAAUCGGGCAUCACGAUUGCCGCGAUUAUGCCAAUGGGUUGGUUGAGCACCUUACUGGCGAAAAGGAUGUCCUAGAGCACUUGAGAAGAAGCUUUGGUGAUCUGGACUAGGGCAUCAACUUACUGGUUUCAUUGUUUUAGCUCUGUAAGUUCAUCCAUGUGCAAGAAGAACAAAGUUGAGUGAAAACUACCAUUGAAAUUGGUAGGCUUAUGAGCAUAGUCGAUCUGAAAGUUCAAUUUUAUUUCUUAUUCCUAAAUUUAAUUAAUUACUUCUCCACUAUAUUUAUCAAUACGUUAAUUGAUCUUUCUGAUUGCUUUUAUGUUGAUAUCUUGGAAGAUAACGUGAUACACUUUAUGCUAUGGUUAUCGCUAGUUUCCACUGCACAUUAUGUGACAGAUUGAGCUCACAACCUGGGCUGGAUGGCUUGGUGGAAAUGAAUUACAAGAUAAGCAUUUAAUUGUUGUACAGUAAAAUAUACUGAAAGGAGUCUUUUGGACAAUGGACAUCAAAAGGAAUAAAAGGAAGUGAUUGGAUACAGCUACUUUCUAUUCCAAGUUGCGAGCCCAUUUUUGCAGUGCAUUGCCAACCGUUGGAUUUUACACAACCGAUGAGGAUUUAUCUGCAGAUUAUCCAAACUUUGCCUCUUCUUCGCUUCUUUUAACUUCCACCGUCUGAUUAAUUUGCGAAAAUGGCUUGGACAUCACUACAAUCGACCAUGAACAUUAGUGGAAGAGACAAAGUAUAUGUAGCAGCACUGCCAUUUACAGCAGCGAUGGAACCAUUUCAAUCAGUGACAUCAGCUCUUCACGGACUCCAUCUCUGGGAUUUGCAACAUUUUGUAGUCAUCAUCAAAACCUCUUCACCACCAUCCAAUUCCGAGGUUGUGAUGAUUAUGUUUCAUGGUUUGUCUUUAUCAAUUCUCAAAUUGCAGAGAGUUAGUUGGUUAUAAUGGGUUUGGAAAUUAAUUUUUUGGGUCAUCUUAGGGUGAUGAGUAUCUCUAAUUUUUGUUGGAAUUGAAUGAUAUUUUGCCUAGAACAAGUGGACUUUCUACAGUACGUUUGCAUUAAUUUUCUAGUAAUAUUUCUAAAUGUCUUAGGCAUCUGUUUUUGAUUUUCAACCCGAAGACCCAAAAAAUGUUUUUGCACUGCCACUUGCAGCCUUGCCAGGUGGAUCGUCCCAGGUUAGUCUAUGAAUUCUUCUGCUCUCAUGAUCCACAAAUGCUGAACCAUAGUCAGUUUAGUCUGAGAUGCUGAUUGUGCAAAAAAAAAAAAAAAAUUGAAUAUGGUCAGGCUUGAAGUUCGUUUUGUCUUUGUUCAGUCAUGUUGCCUAAUGAAGCUAAACCUUUUCGUUCAAGGAACUCUUCUCAGUAGAAAGUUGACAAGGCUACCCAAACGAAGAUGCUGGUUUGUGGGAUAUAGUGAAGAGGAUUCCCUGGACAUUGCGCUUAAAUUCAAUGAUACUUGGGAAACUGACUGGAGGAUGGGUAUUCAUGAUUGCCGCAAUUACGCCAAUGGUCUGGUCGAGUGCCUUACCGGUGAAAAGCUUGUGUUAGAGCGCUUGAGAAGACGCACUGCUUGGCUGAUUUAAGGAAUCAAAUUUCUGGCUGUACUCCUGCAUGCCAACCCAGACUUCGUAUUGUCAUUAUUGCUGGUGUGAUGUUCUACUAGUUCAGAUGCUCAAGAUGUUGACGUGCUCUACAGUUUAAUCACUGAACAUCAUAGCCAAGAGUGGCGAUGGAACCUGCUGAUGAGACACCCGGUAAUCAUUGCAAUGUGAACUCGUAUCUCAUAAAAUCGUAAGCAAGUACACUAGGCAAUAUAUGAAACUUGAGUGUUACGGUCUCCUUAAGCUUUUAUCAAAGAUACACUUUGUGAACCCGUAUAAUUUUCGUUUGGAGGAAAUCAAUUCGUUAGAAAUUACGAGCA